AUGACAAGGAGCCGAGUAAAUUCGGAAACGCACGAAGACACACAGAGAUCGAUUUUGAAGAAUCGUAGAGCAUCAAUCGAUUUGGCAGCGGUUAUUAGAGCCAAGUACCAGUGGAGAGAAGCCCAGAAAGAUGGCGACGAACAACUUACCCUGCACCAAUACGAGAAGAAUCGCCAAUCCGAUCACCACCUACGCCCUCACGCGGGUACGGUAGCGAUGAUUGAGCGGCAAAUGUCCAAAUCACAAGUGCCUACGACGGUGAUUGCUGCACGCAAAGAGAUACUGGAUAAUCGGAUCGAACAACUUGCGGAAUAUCUCACAGAUAUGGCGGAGAAUAAAACUGUCGAAGAGUUAGCCUUGGAAGUCAAGGCAGCAUACAUUGACAUGCUGAACACAGAAGGCAGCUAUAAAUGGUCUACGUUCGAUCGAUCAUCUGAUCCGGAGAACAACUACAAAUGGACGUAUGCAAGCAGCUUUUUCUUCGCGAUGAACGUCUACACAACAACUGGUUACGACCGUGCCGGCCAGUGGUUUGUCAUAAUCUAUGGUUUCAUAUUCGUCGUGCCGGUCACGCUGGUGGUGGUCCGUGACCUCGGCCAAUGGCUACUCUUGGUUAUUACGAGAUUUUAUGCCAAGAUGCUAUUGAAAUACAGGUUUCAUCGGUUUCUGUACGGUGUUUGUCUACUAUUUGGACGCGUUUUUGGGACUCUCCUGGCACCGGGCAAUUUUUUUGUUGACUGGUUUCAUUCGCUCUACUUCUCCUACAUGUCAUUCACAACCAUUGGUCUCGGUGAUGUCAUGCCUAACAAUGCCACGUUCGCUCCAAUCGUCUCGAUUUUGUUUUUCCUCGGACUGCCGAUCAUGAAGGUUGUCAACAGAAUGACUUACCUAACGGUAGAGAAUGGAGCAUUUGGACUGCUGACCGUUAUGGAGAACAGAAUCGACAAUUACUGGGAGCAGAAGCAGUCACCAAGAACUGGGGUGAGACCGAAACUGCUGCAUCCGAAGAAAGACUUAAAGGCAAAGGAAUGGAUACGAACAAUGAAGAGAUACCCGCUGAUGGUGAAUAACAUCGCUCGUUGUGCUUUGAAAGCGAAUCGCGACGUUACGGUGGCAGCUUCGGCAAGGUUAACCUACGAGCUGUCGACUUGUUGCCGUCGAAUGAGCAGGACACUGUUCGCUCCAGAAGAUCAAAUCGUUAACUGUUUCUCAGUAACUAUAGGAACCAGUAUAUGA